CUACUGGAUGGCUUUGAGAUCGAAUCAAAAAUGAGCAUUCGCUUUUUAAACAUGGAUACAACGACCCUGUGUAAGUGAGGAGUUACAGUCAAAUAUGCAAUCACUUUAAGGAAAGCUUUAAAAAUGGCAACUAUGCCUUCACAGGCUUCUUGUUUUUCUGUAGUUACUGACUCUAGGCCUUGCCCAACAUUCAGCAACUAUGCAAAGGUGUGCAAUGUAAAUGUAGCGGAUCAGUUUACUUUUAUUGCAAGCAAUAAUGUUCUCUCACUGUGAAAAGCUACACAAAGCUCUGACAGAAAAAAACAUGCAUACACGUAAUGCUUGAAGAAUAUUUAGUAUUUCUAUUCUUUUUAUUGAUCACAAAUGUAAAGGUUUGUCUUGCAGAUGAUGUUUAUACUAUACUGUUCUGAUACAUUCUCAAUAAUCCCAGUUAAAAAAUCUAAAAAGGGUGAGUCAGGUCCUGAAGAAUUCUUUUGAACAAAAGACAACAUCUUUCAAUAAAGAACCCGUCCAGAGGACCUGACUCAACCUUGUUAGAGGUUAGGGGUGUACCGAUGCUAGUUUUUUCUCAAACCAAGUACUUUGUUUGGCUACUCAAUGAUACUGAGUUGUACUUACUGAGUUAGAACUUAAACAUUACACAAUGAUUACAAAAACACUUUGCUGUUAUUUAGAACCUGGUACUAAAUAAGAUAUCAGAUGAGAUGGAGGUGAGCGGAUCGAUCCAAAUAAUGAUACUAACCUUGAGUCAUGCUGUUUAAAUAUAGUAGAUCCACAUGUCUUCAGCUACAGAACUGAAGUCCAGUUUGCUUUGCCUUUUUUGUAUUUAUUUAUUUAUUAAUUUUCCAUGUCCUGGAUGACUGAGAGUCCACAGAAACACAAUAGUAACAUUGCUGUUGAACCGUAUUGACACUAAAAUUACUGGACUGAUACUAUAAUUAGUUUUACUUCCAGCUCGUCGCUUUGUUCCAUAAAUACAUGCUGCACCAGAGCAGCAGACCAGGGGCAGAUUCAAAUGUAAACGAUGAACUAAACAAGCAUGUCAAAUAAUUAUUUAACCUAUGUUUGUUACCAAGUAGCAUCUAUGUUUACUCCUGAAAACAGCACACUGAAUGUGAUGUCACAUCAUCUUCUGUGCACACAGGCUGCAUUCACACUGGAGUCUAAAGGUGGUCACAUUCAAAAAUAUAAAUGUUUCUUUAUACGUUCACGCAAAAAACAACUGGUAUCAGUUCUGGGUAUUGAGGCAUUUUGAACAAGUACAAGUACUUUAAAAAAUACUGGUAUCGUGCUUAAUACCGAUACCAGUAUCUAUAUCGGGACACCAUUAAUUUAUACUAUGAUAUAAAGCCCUUGUGUGUUUGUGUGUGUGUGUGCACGUGCGUGCGUGCUUGUUUUAUCAGACUUGUGUGCAUGCUUGCACAAAUAAACCUGUGAAUCAAGCUUCA